AUGCAGUCCAAGCUUCAGGAGGCGCGUCAUAUGAAUAAAGCGCCGCAAUUGCUGUUUUUCUCACUUUAUUGGACUUCGGGGACUUUACGGCGGAGUACUCGGAGGGACGUCGAAAGGCGUCUGGGAGAAGACGACCCAACUGCAGAUGGCAGAUGGCUACAGCCGGCUAGACGACUUACUCUACAAAGACGGCAGAGUAUGUCGGGCAAAGAAAGGCGUCUCGCGGUCCUUCAUGACACCAGAGUUGGAUUAAACUUUGGAGUUGAUCAAACUCUGGCUCACCUGGAACGGCAUUCUUAUUGGCCCAGGAUAGAAGCAGAUGUCCAACGGUGA